CCAAAUUAUAAAAAAGCAGAAAAUAAAAUCUGAAACUUUGGCCACAAAGACAAAACCUCACGGAAAGCAUUCACAAAAAAAUCGCAGACACCGAACUCCGUGGAACGGCAACGCUGGCACAUGAUCUCUUCGGCGUCUGAGCUACCAAAUCUCAGAAUGAAGUGCUGAUACUUUGGCUUUGGCAUUGUCUAGUUUCCAGGCAAUAAAGGGUGGAGCUAUUCAAUUUUGUGUAAAUGAAAAUGAAAAUGAAAAAGAAGAAGGAAACACCUGCAACUGAUUCCAAUCCCAUUCUUGAUUUGAAAUCAAUCAUUCAUGAACAUUCUCUCUUCUUUGACAAGUUAGUUGAGCUUAUUCCUGCAAGGUUCUAUCUACCCAAUGAUGAUGAGGAGAAACCAUGGUUUCAGGGCCUUAGCAAGGCCAAAAAAGCGUCAGCAAAGAAGGAAUCAAAAGAAAACAUUAAGAAAGCUAGAAGAGAUCGUAUGGAUCCCGAGAAGUCUUCUACGACAACCCUUGAUUUGCUAAAGCAAAGUUUGAAAAAGGAAAAAUCAAACAAUGGGAGUGAUGACGACGAUGAUGGUACGGAGGUCAAACCUAUCAAAUUUGAAGGGGAUGAUCGGUCGUUGACAUAUGAAGAACUCCGGCAACGGUUACAUCGUAAACUUGAACAAUUUCGGGCUUCUCGGAAUUCUGGAGAUCCAGAUAAGAAGCAUGAGAAAAAUGAAAAGAGAGGAGCUCACCAAAAGAAACGCAAGAGAGACACUGGAUCUGGUGAUCUGACACCUACAUCUGGUAAUCAAGUGAAUAAGGUGGAGAAAGAUGUAGAAGAGGCUUCAAAGGAGCUCACAUUCAGUCAUGUCAAACUUGGGAAUGAAGAUGGGCCUGGAAAGAAGAAGAGGAAACUUUCAAAGGCGAAGGAACUUGAGAAGGCAAGGAAGUUGGACGAAGCGAAGAAAGAUCCAAAGAAAGGUGAAACAAUCUCGUGGAAAACAGCAGCAAGUAGAGCUGCUGGGAUUAAGGUUCAUGAUGAUCCCAAGUUGUUGAACAAGAGCAUCAGGAAGGAGAAGAAGAGGCAUCAAAAGAAUGCUGAGAAAUGGAAGGGGAGGGUUGAAAACACCGGGAAAAUGAAAGCGGAGAAACAGAAAAAGAGAUCAGAAAAUUUAGCACAGAGAAUUCAUGACAAAAAGAUGCGACGAAUUGCGAAGAGAGAGAAAAAGCUCAUGAGGCCUGGAUUUGAAGGUCGGAAGGAAGGGUUUAUUAAUGAAGAAGCUUCAGCCUAGGACCACUCUUAAGACCAACAGUUUCUGCUAUGUUAUUGUUAUGGUGUUUUUAUCUCCAGAAAAGUUAUGUUUUAAUUGUAUUCUUAACAUAGGAGUAUCUCCUCCCCCCUUCUUUUUUGACAGCCCCAUUGGUUAUUUCUUUUGCUUGUUUCUCUUUUUACUGCUUGCCCAGAACUACAUAUAUAGUAGGGGAAUGUGAUUCAAGAUGGCUUUUUCUGAUAUUUGAAAUUUGAUGUACUUUCUCACAGGGAUUUAUAUUUGAGCUGCAGUAAAUUUAUUC